UUUGCCCGAUUUUUCUCAGGGAUUUUCCGGUAUUUAUAUACUGCCAAAAAUACCACAGCCGACUUGAAAUUUAAAUUGUGCUCGGAUUAAUUGUGGUCCCGAGUUGAAACGCAACUGGAGAGGAAGAGGGAGAGGAUAGCCGAGCGAAAGAGAGCGACUGGCCUAUACCAUAUAGCAUAUACAAUCCACAUUCUAUACUCCGCACUCGAGCAGCGAACAUCCAGUGUCCACAUCCGCAUCGGAUCGCCUUCACCAUCGCCAUCACAUCGCGGAGCAGCAACCAGUAAUUAUGGCCUGGCGAUUCAAGGCUUCCAAGUACAAAAAUGCCGCACCCAUUGUGCCCAAGGCGGAGGCCUGCGUCCGCGAGAUCUGCGUGGGCAGCUACCAGACCUACGGGAAUAAUAUCGCCGCCUCCGGCGCCUUCAUGGCCUUCAACUGGGAGCACACCGGUUCCAGUGUGGCCGUCCUCCCGCUGGACGAUUGCGGGCGGAAGAGCAAGACCAUGCCGCUGCUCCACGGGCACACGGACACAGUGACGGACCUCAAGUUCUCGCCGUUCCACGACGGACUGCUGGCCACCGCCUCGCAGGAUUGCCUGGUUAAGAUCUGGCACAUACCGGAAAAGGGUCUGGAGCAGUCGCUCUCCGAUCCGGAGGCCAUCUUCUCACACAAGCAGCGUCGCGUGGAGACAGUGGGCUUCCAUCCGACGGCCGAUGGCCUGAUGUACUCCACAGCCGCCGGCUGUGUGGCCCUCUUCGAUCUCAGCACCCAAAAGGAGAUCUUCUCGAACAAUGAGCACCCGGAGGUGAUACAGUCGGCCAGUUGGCGCGAGGAUGGCUCCGUUUUGGCCACCAGCUGCAAGGACAAGUGCGUGCGUAUCUUCGAUCCCCGAGCCGCCGGUUCGCCCAUCCAGUUGACCGCCGAAUCGCACCAGAGCAUCAAGGAUUCGCGCGUCGUCUGGCUGGGCAAUCAGCAGCGCAUCCUGACCACCGGUUUCGAUGCCGCCCGCCUGCGUCAGGUGAUCAUCCGCGAUGUGCGCAACUUCAGCACGCCCGAAAAGACCCUCGAACUGGACUGCUCCACGGGCAUUCUAAUGCCGCUCUUCGAUCCCGACACGAAUAUGCUCUUCCUGGCCGGCAAGGGCGAUACGACGAUUAACUAUCUGGAGAUUACGGACAAGGAUCCGUAUUUGAUUGAGGGACUGCGUCACACCGGCGAGCAGACGAAGGGCGCCUGUCUGGUGCCCAAGCGGGCGCUCAAGGUCAUGGAGGCGGAGGUCAACCGAGUGCUGCAGCUGACCUCUAACAUGGUCAUACCCAUUAUGUACCAGGUGCCCAGGAAGACAUAUCGCGAUUUCCAUGCCGAUCUCUAUCCGGAGACCACGGGCUACAAGACGGAACUGGUGGCCGGCGAAUGGCUGAAUGGCAGCAACCAGGCGGUGCCCAAGAUGAGCCUCGAUCCCGCCAAGCGCGAGCAUGGCGAUGAGCCAAUUAUUAUUCAUCGCGGCAACCUAAGCGAUUUCGUUAAGAACCUGGAGAAUCAGCGGGCCAAGAGCCAAACCACCGCCGCCAAGCGCAACGAUAACGAGCACUUUGUCAUGCUGAACAAGGGCAACAAUUUCGAGGAGAAGAACGGCAAUGACAACAGCAGCGAGAGCAACGGAAAGAAGAGCACUGCCUCGCAAUCCCAACAGUCGCAGCCGGAUGGGGAGUGCAGUGAGCUCAUCCGGAAGUUCGAGGCCAAAUACAAGGUGGACUCGGAGAAGGAGAAGGCGGCGAAUGCCUACGCCCAGUCCCAGGAGGAUGACAAGGAGUCGCCCACCGAGCAGGAACACUCGACGGGCAGCAGCGAGGAGCACUCCUCGCACUCAUCCGGCGGUGGAAUGGACAAUCACUCGGCCAGCGGCAGCCACUCGCCGCCGAAGCCCAUGCCGCGCACCUCGCGCAACAAUUCCCUGCCGGAGGCCAGCGAUUCCGCUGGGGAAUCGAGCAGCACCACCACGCCACGCCCGAGGCCGCGCACCACGGCUGCGUCUGCCUACAAGCCACGUUUGGGCCCGAAGCCCUUCUCCAGCACCACGGGUGACGUGUCGUUCGACAAGGUGUUCGCCGUUCCCCUGGCGCCGGGAUCCCAUGAGAACAUCUCGAACGUGGGCCAGGAAAGCGGAGUGGCGGAGCUGAUCCCGCCCGCCCAGGGGCCAAAGCCAGAUCUCAUUGUGGAAAUCGAAAUCAAAAAGAAACACGAAAGGGAGCCUGUGGUGGGCGGAAAUGGAGUCCAGAAAUCGCUAACCACCUCGGAGCGUCGCAAGUCCUCGGCUGACGAUGAUGAAUCAUCCGAUAAGAUAUUCGAGCAGAGCUCCGAGUCGUCGGAGAAUUCGGCGGAGGGCGAAGAUCGCACGGAUGCGGAUCUGCGACGCAGCUGCUCCUCGAGGAGCAGCUUUGCCGAGAGGCGGCGCAUCUACGAGAAUCGCUCCAAGAGUCAGGUGGACGAAAAGCCCCAGUCGCCAGUGCCAUUGCGUCGCGAGCACUCCAAAGUGGAGCCACUGAAGCCCAGUCAACAGCAGCAGCAGCAGCAGAUCGACACCAAGCGCAUUUCGGUGCCGGAGGGCAAACUAAUGGAGGAGCAUCGCCGCGGGAAUGGCGCCGCCGGUUUGAAGAAAUCCGCCACGGAGGCGGCCUUCAGUGCGGCCAGCACCAAGCGCACCUCCACCGUCUUCGGCAAGGUGUCCAAGUUCAGGCAUUUGAAGGGCACUCCCGGCCACAAGUCGACGCACAUCGAGAAUUUGCGCAAUCUGAGCCGCCAGAUACCGGGCGAAUGCAAUGGCUUCCAUGCCAACCAGGAGCGCGUGGCGGUUCCCCUCUCCGGACCCGGCGGCAAGAUAGCCAUCUUCGAGUUGAGCCGACCGGGACGACUGCCGGAUGGCGUGAUUCCAUCGCUUGUGAACGGCAGCAACAUCAUGGACUUCCAGUGGGAUCCCUUCGAUGCCCAGCGUUUGGCCGUCGCCUGCGACGAUGGCAUCGUGAAGCUCUGGCACAUCGAAGCCGGCGGACUGAGUGAGCCGACAAAUUCGCCAGCCGGCGAGCUGACCGCUCACCUGGACAAGAUCUACUUUAUCCGUUUCCAUCCGCUGGCCGCCGACGUUCUGCUGACCGCCAGCUACGAUAUGACCAUCAAGCUGUGGGAUUUGCGCACCAUGAGCGAGAAGUGCUCGCUGUCGGGGCACACGGAUCAGAUCUUUGACUUCGCCUGGAGUCCCUGCGGCCGUUUGGGCGCCAGCGUGUGCAAGGAUGGCAAGAUUAGGGUCUACAAUCCGAGGAAAUCGGAGACGCCCAUCAGGGAGGGCAAUGGACCGGUGGGAACUCGAGGAGCUCGCAUCACCUGGGCGCUGGAGGGGCACUACAUAGUCUGCACUGGAUUUGAUAAGGUUUCCGAGCGACAGAUUAGCGUGUACAAUGCCCAAAAGCUGUCGACGCCAUUGAACACGGCCAGUUUGGAUGUGUCGCCCUCGAUAUUGAUACCCUACUACGACGAGGACAGCUCCACGCUGUUCGUCACCGGCAAGGGCGACUCGACCAUCUACUGCUACGAGAUCACCGACGAGGAGCCGUACAUCUGCCCGCUGUCGCACCAUCGCUGCACCUCGCUGCACCAGGGCCUCAGCUUCCUCACCAAGAACCACUGCGAUGUGGCCAGCGUGGAGUUCUCGAAGGCCUAUCGGCUGACCAAUACCACCAUCGAGCCGCUAAGCUUCACAGUGCCCCGCAUUAAGAGCGAGCUGUUCCAAGACGAUCUGUUCCCACCCACACGCAUCACCUGGAGCGCCACGCUAAGCGCCGAGGACUGGUUUGCCAGCAACGAUAAGGCGGCACCCAAGGUCAGCUUGAAGCCGGAGGGCAUGGAGACAUUAUCUUCCAUACAGCAAGUGCCAGCGCAGCCUGUGAAGAAACCGGAUCAUCCCCAGUUCGGCGGUCAGAAGUCGGAAUUCGAGAUCAACAAACAGCAGGAGAUCCAGAAAUCGGUUAGCGCGCGCAUGGAGUUCACCACCAAGCUGGAGCAGGACGACAUGGAGGGCGUGGACGAGAACGAGUGGCAGGAGUAGCAGUGCAGCCAGCGUCUGCGGCGGACAUGAAUCAGUUCACAAUUUAGCGUUUAACCAAUGGGCGUAACUCUUUUUUUUACCAAUCUAGACAUGACAGCAGCAGAAGCAACAGCAAAAGUGCUCGACAUAAACAUAAACAACAUAUAUAUACUUGUGGGCGAGCGUAUAUAGAGAACUCGUAGUUAAGCCGAAAGUAAAACUAACACAACACACGACAUCCUCAUCCCUCGAUCCUCAUUCCUCGAUCCUCGUCAGAAUCCCAGCAUUUAGUUCCUCGCUCCUCCGCCAAUUUACUGCAGUUGCUCAAUAAUUGCCAAAUUACAAAUCAUAAGCCAGUUUUGUUCGUUUUGUUUGUGUUGUUUUUUUUUUAAAUCUAUAUAUUUUGUGUGUAUUAAUUUUUUUUAUAAUUUACCCAUACAUAUAUUUUGUGUUUUUUAUGUGUGCUAUUUAAGUAGUUAGUCCAAAAUUAGUUUAGCCUACUUAGGUGUUUACACUUACGAUUAAUUUCCUGGGUUCUCCCCGAGUCCUUCAGUUUGUGUGGCCAUAUAUGUAUAGGAUAUAUGGAAGGACUUAGAUGAUACUACUUUUACAUAUACGCAUAUGUAUUUCCCUCUCAGUUUGUUUCAUGUCUGCAUGCAUGCGAGUGAGUGAGUGAGAGAGCGAGAGAGUGUGUGUCUGUCCCCCUCUUUCGCAUUAUUUCACCCCCUGUAAUCCUGUAAUCCCAGACACCUUUUCAUUCCCCCAUCCAAGACAAGAAACUAAAACAUAUAGACUGUAGCCAAAAAAUAUUUGCUGAGAAUUACAAUCAAGCGAGACAAGACAAUUUUUGUACUGUAUAAUGCGUAAAUCAAACAUACUGCAACAGCCGAAUCAAACCGAAAAGACAUGCAAACAACAAUUCCAAAAUGUAUAACGAAAAGACUUGAACAGAUCUGAAUGGAUCUCCAUCCUCUGAAUAUCCUGCACCCCCGAAAAAAUCCCCUACUAACCCGAAAAAGGAAAGUAAUAAGUUGCCAUUGAAAUGCGUUUAUAAAAAAGUGAAAAAUGAAAAAAGGCAAUAGAACGUAACUCGAGUAGCAUACCCAUAGGCAAUAACGUUUUGUACUUGCAAUAGAAUAUACACAUUUACACAUAUAUAUACACGAUAUAUAUAUAG